GGUCAGAAAUCAACUCUUUCUGAUGACGUCACCAGUAGAGUUGUCAUGGCGUCUUUUGGACCGAAUCUACUGCUGCAAUUUAGCUAGAAUUCGGUCGACAGUCGAUCAACCGAAAUGGAGAAAAAUGCAGCCGUGCAUCGAGACAUUGUCGGAAGCACCGCCAUCAGGGCGGACACUAUCGACGCUGCGCUCGUGGGAGGCGUGAAAGGAACGGCCGAGAAAUGCACAAAUAGUGAGGCUUCUCACACUACUUUGCUUGAUAAUAACAGCACGGUGGAUCAUCCGAGCCCCCUGAUUUUGAACCCCAGUGUGGGAAAGUGCGAACUAGCGGACCUGGUCGAGGACCAGACCGCGCAGGAGGAGAAGAAGUACGCCGAGGAGAUCGGCUCCGGAUCCGGGGAGCAGAUCAGCAACGGGACGGGGACUGAGCCAGCCCUGGCCGCGGCAGAUAAGGAGGGUGGUGCCUCAAAGUUAGUAAACAACCAAAGCGACGGGCCGUCUUCACCUCCCGCGAAGGACGGCGCAGGUGUGCGGGAAAGCGAGACGACUCAACUUGCCAAACCGACCCAUCUGUGCACAGCCACAGCGAGCCGAACCGCCCCACAAGCCUUAUCGGAGGAAGCGGCCAGCGGCAGCGACCCGGAUGCCAGCCUCGGUGGGUGCGAGUCCCGCAGCCUGGAUUCUCUGGAGUCCUUCUCCAAGCUCAACUCCUGUCCCAGCUCGGACCUGAACAGCGAGGGCCUGGAGGAGCCAGGACUGGCCCUGGCCCUGCAGAGUGACUUGGGCCUGGAUGGCACCAAGGCUACGUGCUCCAAGGACCGGGUGGCGGGUCAGUCCAUAUACCACAUCAAGUGGAUCCAGUGGAGGGAGGAGAACACGCCGAUCAUCACCCAGAACGAGAACGGCCCAUGUCCGCUCCUGGCCAUCAUGAACGUGCUCCUGCUUGCUUGGAAGGUUAAGAUGCCUCCUAUGAUGGAGAUUAUUACAGCCGAGCAACUGAUGGAGUAUCUCGGAGACUACAUUCUGGAGACCAAACCUAAAGAGAUCUCCGAGGCUCAGCGGCUAAACUAUGAGCAGAACAUGAGCGACGCCAUGGCAGUGUUGCACAAACUCCAGACGGGCUUGGAUGUCAACGUCAAGUUCACCGGGGUGCGGGUCUUUGAGUACACCCCAGAAUGCAUUGUGUUCGAUCUUUUGGACAUCCCUCUCUUCCACGGCUGGCUGGUGGACCCUCAGAUGCAUGACAAUGUCAAAGCAGUGGGCAACUGCAGCUACAACCAGCUGGUGGAGAAGAUAAUAUCUUGUAAACAGUCAGACAACAGUGAGCUGGCAGGCGAAGGUAUUGUGGCAGAGCAGUUCUUGAGCAGCACAGCCACUCAGCUGACGUACCACGGCUUGUGUGAGCUCACAUCCACCGUGCAGGAGGGCGAGCUCUGCGUCUUCUUCAGGAAUAACCACUUCAGCACCAUGAUUAAAUAUAAGGGUCAGCUGUACCUGCUGGUUACAGAUCAAGGUUUCCUGACUGAAGAGAAGAUCGUGUGGGAGAGUCUUCACAAUGUAGACGGAGACGGCAAUUUCUGUGACUCCGAGUUUCGGCUGAGGCCCCCGUCGGAUCCUGAGACCGUAUAUCGAGGACAGCAGGAUCAGAUAGACCAGGACUACCUGAUGGCACUGUCGCUGCAGCAAGAGCAGCAGAGUCAAGACCUCCAGUGGGAGCAGCUCCCCGGCAUCAGUGACCUGGAGCUGGCGAAGAAGCUGCAGGAGGAGGAGGACCGCAGAGCCUCGCAGUACUACCAGGAACAGGAGCAGGCGGCUGCGGCUGCGGCUGCGGCUGCUGCAGCAGCACAGGCGCAGGGUCAACAGGAGCCUGCAGAGGGAGAUGAGGCGGACAGAGCGGCCGCAGGGGGUGACGGCCCGGCGGCAAGCGUCGGGACAGUCGCAGCAGCAACGGCAGCUGCAGCAGUCGCAACCACAGCCAGUCCGGGAAAACAGUCAUCAAGCAGCGAGCGCAAAUCCAAGAAGGAAUCUAAAGAUAAAGACAAAUGCGUCAUUUUGUAACAGAGUGUGUGUGUGUGUGUGAGCAAGCGUGUCUGUGUGUGUGUGUGUGUGUGUGUGUGUGGGUGUGAAAGUGUGUGUGUUUGGCGCGUCCAAUGAGGGAAGGAGACACUAACAAGAGGAUUUGCUUUCCAAACCACUGGUGCCUGCUGUCCUCUAUCCUCAGCCCACGUCGAGCGGAAGAACGACGACAACGACGACUUCUGCGCAUCUUUUGAGCAAGUCAGCCAAACUUUGUUCCUAGUUGCACAGUGCACUAUAUUCAUAUAUUCACCUUGCUCUUUUAUAGCUUGUUCGCCUGUUCCCCUGUUCCUCAGCUCUUUAUUCUUCUUGUACGUAUUACGCAACAAAGUAGACCUGUCACCUAA